CCCAGGAGGACAAGCCACCCGGUGACCUUUGUCCGAGGGGGAGGAGGAGGGAUUCUCCAUGCCCUUUGUCUGCACUUAACUAGUAAGGUCCGGCCGGGCCGCGGCCAUGAGCUUCUCGGAGAUCCUGGACCGGGUGGGCAGCCUGGGCCCCUUCCAGCUCCUGCACGUGCUCCUGCUCUCGCUCCCGGUGCUCUUCAUGGCCAGCCACAACCUGCUGCAGAUCUUCACGGCCGCCACGCCGGCGCACCACUGCGUGCCGGCGCCCAACGCCUCCUCCCCGGCGCUGCCCCUCGGGCCCCACGGGGCUCCCGACCGCUGCCGCCGGUACAGCCCGGGCCCGGGCCCCGGGAACGCCACCCUGCCCAACGGCACCUGGGGCCACACGGAGCCCUGCCUGGACGGCUGGGUCUACGACAGGACGCUCUUCGCCUCCACCAUCGUGACCGAGUGGGAUCUGGUGUGUGACCUGCGGCAGCUGAAGGAGAUGGCCCAGUCCUUGUACAUGGCUGGCGUCCUGAUUGGAGGAAUUGUGUUCGGGAGCUUGUCAGACAGGUUUGGCCGGAAGCCCAUCCUGACCCUGUCCUACCUGCUGCUGGCCGUCAGCGGCACCUGCUCGGCCUUCUCGCCCAACUUCCUGACCUACGCCAUCUUCCGCUUCUUGACCGGCUGUAGCCUCUCGGGCAUCACGCUCAGCACCGUGAUCUUGUGCGUCGAGUGGGUGCCGACCCGUGUUCGGGCCAUCCAGUCGACAUUCACCGGCUACUGCUACACUUUCGGGCAGUUCAUUCUCCCCGGCCUGGCGUACGGCGUCACCGAGUGGCGCUGGCUGCAGUUCAUCGUGUCCACUCCAUUCUACAUCUUCUUCCUUUCCUCCUGGUGGGUGGCUGAGUCUGUGCGUUGGCUGGUCCUGACCGGGAAGUCCUCGAGGGCCCUGAAGGAGCUCCGGAGGGUCGCAGCCUUCAACGGCAGGAAGGAGGACGGUGACAAGCUCAGCCUGGAGGAACUGAAACUCAACCUCCAUAAGGAGAUCUCCUUGGGGAAAUCUUCCUACAGCGUGAUGAACCUCUUCCAGGAUCCCAUCCUGCGCCGGAUAUCUUGCUGCAUCUGUAUCAUUUGGUUCGCCACAGGAUUCGCCUACUACAGCCUGGCCAUGGGCGUGGAGGACUUCGGAGUCAACAUCUACAUGCUCCAGAUCAUCUUCGGCGGCGUCGACGUCCCGGCCAAGUUCGUCUCUGUCCUGUGCCUGAGCUACGUGGGCCGCCGGAUCACCCAGGGCACCUGCCUCCUGCUGGCGGGCACUGCCAUCCUCGCCAACAUCUUCGUGCCCUCAGACAUGUCAAUAGUGAGGACCAGCCUUGCUGUCUUUGGGAAGGGCUGUCUUUCCAGCUCCUAUAACUGUCUCUUCUUGUACACGAGCGAGCUGUAUCCCACAGUCAUCCGCCAAAGAGGAAUGGGCCUGGGCAACCUGUGUACCCGCGUGGGCAGCAUGAUAGCCCCCCUGGUGAAGAUCACAGGAGAAGUGAUGCCUUUCAUCCCAGCCGUCAUCUACGGGGUCAUCCCCAUCCUGGGGGGCACUGCUGCCUUCUUCUUGCCAGAGACCCUCAACACGGCCCUUCCAGAGACGAUUGAAGAUCUGCAAAGACGGAAAAAGUCAAAUGAAGAGACAGAGGUUCAGAAUGUCCCUCUGCAAUCCUGCGAACCUGAAAAGGGAACCAGCUGAGAGAAGGGCGAUUGCCAGUCACCUGAUGAGAGGCCCCCCUUCCCCCCGUCCUCACCAAGGACUAUACUUGACCCCCGGAACCCCAGCCGUGACCCUGGCUUCUUAAGGAGAUGGAGCUUCUCUCCCCCAGCAUGGGCGUGGCCUGACCUCUGCCACCGCUCCAUCCCAUCCUCCCCCUCGGCCCUUUGGACAGAGCCCUUCUGGGUCUCCGAGUACCCAGGACCCCAGGGGCUGGACAAAGGGAGGCAGGAAUUCUCUGCCUCUUCUAGGAGUCUCUUGGAUCCUCUGUGUCUGUCCCCACGUCCAAGCCUCCUCCCCUCGGCCCCACAUGGGACGGGGGGACCUCAGAGAGGGACCCUGGCGUCGCCUACGGGAGCGAGCCUGGAGCCGAGGACCUCGUCUGAAUCUUGCGUUGGCCGUGGGACAGAUCAGGUCUCAAUUUCCUCAUCUGUCAAAUGAAGCUCGAAUACAUGAGCUCUCCGGUCCCCUCUAGCUCUAAAUCUGUGACCCUGUGUGACCCCCCCCCUAUGGAUGAGGAAAAGGUCGAGAGUGACAAAGUGAGCGUCCUCAACUAAAGCGAGAUUCGAGCCCAAGCCCUCUGUCUCUCAGUCCCUGCCCCGCCCUGCCAGAGCAGCCAGGCCUCCAGCCGCUGGUCCCCCGACUCCAAACCCUGAGCCUUUGGCCUGGCUGGACUUUCAGAAGCCCGUCUCAGACAACUCGCCCAGGCCGCUGCCUUCCCCAGUGCCCCAGCCCCAGUGCCCCCUCCCAGGCCCCGGUAGCAGCACCAGGCCCUGCUGGUCCUUUCCCUGGGGGUCCUGCCUUCCUCCCCCAGAGCAUUAAAGGUUUAAUAAUGACAGGGACCCGGGGGUGGGGGUCUGACCAUGUGGGUAUGCUGGAAGGGGGGGGGAGGGAGGCAGAGAGAGACAGAGCCACAGAGAGAGAGAAACUGAGAGAGACAAAAACAGAAAGGCAGAGAGAGACAGAGACAGAAAAACAGACAGAGACAAAGAGAAUGAGAGCGAGACAGAAACAGAGAGAGACAGAGUAAGAUACAGAAAGAGACAGACACAGACACAGAAAGAGGCAGAAAGAGAUAGACAGAGACAGACACAGAAAGAGGCAGAGACAGAGAGACAGACAAGCAGAAAGAGGCAGAGAGAGACAGAGUAAGAGACAGAAAGAGAGACAGAGACAGACACAGAAAGAGGCAGAGAGACAGAAAGAGACAGCAAGAGAGUAAUAGAGGCUGAGGGAGACAGAUAGAGAAAGACAGAAACAGAAAGAGGCAGAGACUUUUCUCAGUUUUCUCAUCUGUCUCUUUGUGAGAGAGACACCAAGACAGAGACAGAAAGAGGCAGAGAGACAGAGUAAGAGACAGAGAGAAUGAGAGAGAAGACAGACAGAGAGAAAAAGAAAGAGAGGGAUGGAUGGAUCUAGAACAGCCCCCAAGCAAGCAAGAAGCUCCCUGGCUCCCUCUCCACCAAAGGAGGACCCCAGGUUGGAGAAUUCCCCAUGUGCACCCAGGGAACGGGAGAUUCUUGUGCAAAGGGCAGCCCUUUGGGGGCCAGCGGUCCCAGAGUUUUAAAAGCUAUGUCAAUGAGCAGCCAGCCAUGUUCCAUGAGCAGCAGAGGACCAGAAGCCCGAGCCGACAUGAGCAGAAUUUUAGCGUUCUUCUCCAAUAAACAUCCCAACACAUUCCA